AUUUUCAGUAAACUGUAAAAGCCAUUGUACCAUACAUCACUCAUCCAUUUCUUUGCAAGGAAGAAACAAGCAGAGAUGACUGGAGAUGGAGGGCAAGGCGAAGAAGUGAACUCUAGAGAGAGAAAGAGAAUUGCUUUCUGCAACUCCCAAAAGCUAUUCCUUGUUCUAUCCUCCCAAACUUGUAUGUCUACAUCUAGAUACGUACAUAUAUUUAUAUAUACACACACAACAAACACAUACCCAGAAAAGAACUAUUGAAACCCAAUUGAGCUUUGAAGCGCACAAGCUGCAAUUAUGUUUUUUAGCCCUCCUAUUGAGAGGACCAAUCGGAACAGAGUCUACCAUCUCUACUGGUGCUUUCCGUGCCAUCGUACGGUCAGAAUUGCCGCUGAAAACCCAUCGGAGAUCUUCUGCCCUCGCUGCUUCAACCAGAACCUGUACCAGAUUGACAUAGCUAGGCCUUGGAUUGUUGUUGAUUUCAACGAAUUCAAUCCCUCCCCAGAAGACCGAUUACUGGAAGCACUGUCUCUUGCGUUUAAUCCUGCUACCAGACGGCCUGGUCAUGGCUUUUAUGGAAGAAAUCAACCAUUUUAUGGUUUUGGUGAGAGAGAUUUCCGGGACCCAGAUAUUGAUUUUCUAGCUACUCCCCCUUUGUGGCGAAAUCGUGGCUUCGAUGGAGUAGAAUAUGGGGAUAGAGGAACUGGAAUUUGGGACCGGCACAGGCUGCGGCGGCGAAUUCGUGGCUUUGACGAUAGGGAUGGUUUGGGAUCAAUUAUGCUCAGACCUGUUGGUCCUCUACCUGUUCGACAGAAUUUCUCACCGGAAAAUUUGAUGACGAGAGGGGUGGACGGCGAUCGAAAUGACCCAAUGGAAAUGCUAGCUCAAGAUUUGAGACGUUUGGAUGAAUUGAUUCAGGAUGGCAUGCCAGGUGCUCCACCAGUCCCUGAUUCGGUGAUAGAUGCUUUGCCAACUGUUGAGAUUACGCCAGACCAUUUGGUCGAUGACUUGCGUUGCCCAGUUUGUAGGGAGCGAUUUGUGGUUGGCGGGGAGGCGAGGGAGUUGCCCUGCAACCAUAUAUAUCACUCUUAUUGUAUUGUUCCUUGGUUGAGGAUUACCAAUUCUUGUCCGGUUUGCAGGAGUGAGGUGGCGGUUCCAUUUGACAGUGGCAUUCGAGACGAAGAAUCUGAAAAUUCUCCCCCUCCGCCAUUUUUUCCUCCGCCACUUUCGAGGAUGAGACAGCCAUUUUUGAGGAUGGGACAUUUAUGUCCGUAUUGUGGGAAUCAGCUGCCACUGCAAGCUCCACUUUUUAUCAAUGGCAAUCGAGAUGGUGAAUCUGAGGAUUCUCGUGGUGGAGGGAGUAGGAACAGGUGGCGCUUGAGGUGGAGCCAAUUGACCUCUUUAUGGCCCUUCCGUUCAAGGUAUCGACCAAUUCGACUCCAACAGGAUGAUGCUGCUACUUCUCGCCGUGCAGCUAACUCCUGUUGGCUCUCUUGCUGGGGACUCUGUUGCCGAAGAAGAAGGUAGAGCAGAAGAGCAGCUAACUCAGGAUGGCGUUCUUGCUGUAUUCUUUAGUCCAUGAUGGGGCUGUUCUUGCUUGAAGCAGUUGCACCAUGCUAAUAAUUGAUAUGAUGUUGUACAUGAACUUAAAAGGGCACCGUCGAAUCGAUGCUGAUAUGUUGCCACCUGAUUACAUUGUGUGUUGUGUUGGUUAUGACUAUCUGUUACUACUAUAAAACAAUUCUAUGAAUUAGUUGCUUAUGUUUUUCAUACAAACA